AUGUCUAGAUUCCGAAUCCUGGCUGUCAGCCUAGGGGCUGUCGGUGCAGGUGUCUUGUAUUGCAGCACCAAUGACAACAACAAAGCCUUGCCCUUACUGGCGGCGCAGAAAAUUUCGAACGAGCCUUCGCACUCGUCCAAGCUGCACGAUGAAUACCGCAUUACGAAAUGGGACUCCAACUGGGACAGGAGGGAUCCUUCAUUUUUGGUGAAGCCUUCAAAGGGAGGAGCAGAUGAUGAACGAUACGCUAAGGAAGUUUCUGAGAAGAAGCCAAAAGCAACACGCAAUCUAAUUCUCAUUCGACAUGGCCAGUACAAUCUUGCCGGUAAAACAGAUAUUGAGAGAUAUUUGACUGAUAAAGGUGUAACGCAAGCAAAGUCCACAGGUGAUAGGCUUGUUGCACUAAAUCUGCCAUAUGAUCGAAUGGUUAGAUCCACUAUGACUAGAGCUCAACAAACUGGAGAUCACAUUCUCUCACGAAUGAAGAUGGACUCGCUAGUCAUUGAAAAUGAUAGUAUGUUGGAAGAGGGGGCACCAUUCCCUCCAGAACCAAAAAUGAAAUCAUGGGAACCACCAGAAUACCUAUUCUAUCAAGAUGGUUCCCGCAUUGAGGCAGCAUUCCGCAACUACUUUUACAGAGCCGACCACCGUCAAGAGAAGGAUUCUUAUGACAUCAUUGUUUGUCAUGCCAAUGUGAUUCGCUACUUUGUCUGCAGAGCGCUUCAACUUCCUCCAGAAGCAUGGCUUCGUAUUAAUUUACACCAUGCAAGUAUUUCUUGGGUACGCAUCCGACCUAACGGGCGAGUUGGAUUAUUGACCAUGGGCAAUUCUGGACAUCUCGCCCCUGAUCUUCUUACUCUUGAGUAGGGCAAACCACUACCAAGAAUGUUUGUAAGGCUGUACUUUGAUAGUUUCUAAAUACAUUUAUGAAUACGUACCUAGUUAAUCAUGAACUGCCAAUGUACUGAUGAAAUAGAAAUUAUUUGACGAUGAUGUGUCAUUUACCUUGUCUUGUUCUUAAAUGCUUUGUAGCUGUGUGUUUUUGUUUUCUUUCACGUUGUAUACCUUUUUAUAAAAAUAUUUGGAUUUAUGAUUCUUUA